AUCGCCCCCUUCCCGUUCCGUUUGCCCCCCUCCUUUUGCGUUUCUUCAUCACUUCCUCACCUCUCCUCCCUCUCUCUCAAAGUCUCAUCAUUUUUCCACACGAAAAACACAAAUCCCACCCACGAAAUUUGAUUCAUUUUUAUCAUUACAAUAAUUUUAUUAUUAUUCUCUUUUGCAAAUAAAAAUUUUAAUUUGGGCACCCAACAUUCAUAGGUAACUCCGCUCCUACCCCUCAUUCCCAACCAUUUAUAACACCCACACCCUUCCCUCUCCCUCCCUCUCAGAUGCCUCCCCAUCCCUCUCCCUCUCCCUCUCCCUCUCCCUCUCCCACUGCCGGCUGCCGCCACAAUGAAUGGCGCCAAAUCCACCACCGCCACCAUCACGCGUAGGCGUGACCCGCGCUCCCCCUCCAACGGUCUCGUGCUGGAUCCUGUGGCCGGCAUGGCAAACGGCAAGAGGGCCGUUGUCAAUGGCGGAUAUGGGGAUUACAAUAAGGCCAAGGCGGCUGUGGCGUUCAUGAGGUGGACGAGGGACGACGUUUUCAAUCUGGCGCGGUAUCAUCGGCUGCCGUGCCUUUUCGCUGCGGGGCUGCUGUUCUUCAUGGGCGUGGAGUACACGCUCCUCAUGGUGCCUGACGACUUGCCGCCCUUCGACCUGGGAUUCGUGGCCACCAGAUCGCUACACCGCGUGCUCUCGUCGUCGUCGGAGCUCAACACCAUUUUGGCCGCUCUCAAUACGGUGUUUGUGGGAAUGCAAACCGCGUAUAUUCUUUGGGCGUGGUUAAUCGAAGGCCGGCCGAGAGCGACCAUCUCGGCGCUCUUCAUGUUUACUUGCCGGGGCAUUCUUGGCUACUCCACCCAACUCCCUCUCCCUCAGGGAUUUUUGGGUUCCGGGGUCGAUUUCCCGGUGGGCAACGUAUCGUUCUUCCUUUUCUUCUCUGGCCAUGUCGCAGGAUCGGUGAUCGCUUCCCUCGACAUGAGGAGGAUGAAGAGAUGGGAACUGGCAUGGACUUUUGAUGUCCUGAAUGUACUACAGGCGGUGAGGCUGCUGGGGACGAGAGGCCAUUACACUAUCGAUUUAGCAGUCGGGCUCGGUGCCGGAAUUUUGUUCGAUUCUCUUGCUGGGAAGUACGAAGAGAGUCACAAGAUGAGAAAGGGUAUCAUUCAUCACGUUAAUGGAAUGAAUGGAAGCAAGGAGGGCCCCAUGAUUUGAAAUUGGCAGAUAUGUAUUUGGUAAAGUGUAAAAAAUGAUAUGUAAGAGGCGGUUUGAAGAAUUAGAAUGCAUCAAAAGGGGUUUUAGGUUCUUAGGUUGUUAUACUUUUGCCUUUUGAGUCUUUUGAUUGGACCUUGUUAAUUUAUUUGUUCAUAGUUUGUGAACUGUAUUAUCGUUCCGUCUUGCCUUUACUGUGAUCUUAUCACCGUCGGUCGUGAAUAUCAUGAGACGCACAUUCCUUUC